AUGGCCGUGGGGGAACUCUCACCCUAUAAAGAGCGACCCAGGCCCUGUGUUUCCAGGGCUCCCGCUCUGCGCUGGCGGGUCAGAGCGACCGUGCCAGCCACUGGCGAGGCGUGUGCCUUUGAGCGUAGUAGAGAGUCUGCGAGUGUGGCGAGGCUGUGCCCGGCUCCCCGCUCUGCUCUCUGCUCUCUUCGCUCUGCGCUCAGAGCGACCCUGCCAGCCACUGACGAGGCAUGUGCCGUCGAGCGUAGUAGAGAGUCUGCGAGUGUGGCGAGGUUGUGCCCGGCUCCCCGCUCUGUGCUCUGUGCUCUGGGCUCGCCGCUCUGCGCUCUUGGAGCGACCCAGGCCCUGUGUUUCCAGGGCUGGCGCUCUGCGCUCCUGAGUCAGAGCGACCCUGUCAGCCACUGGCGAGGCAGCGACUCAGCCAGCCGCUACACAGGUCCGGACGUGCCUUGCUGUGUGCUAGAGAGCAGCCGAGUGUUAGAGUUGCGCUCGUGGCUCAGAGCGACCCUGCCAGCCACUGGCGAGGCGUAUGCCGUUGAGCGUAGUAGAGUGUCUGCGAGUGUGCCGAGGCUGUGCCCGGCUCCCCGCUCUGCACUCGGUGGACCCAGCCAGCCCCUGCCGAGUAGCGACCCAGCCAGCCGCUGCACAGGUCCGGACGUGCUCCGCUGUGUGCUAGAGAGCAACCGGGUGUUCUUGUUGGCUUUGCGCUCUGCGCUCUGCGAGUCAGAGCGACCCAGCAAGCCGCUGCACAGUGGAGCCGAGCGGCCAUGGGCCGAGCGGCGUUUUACGGUCGCGCAGGUUCUAGAACAGAUCUUGUCCAGCGUGGACCAAGAAGACUACUCGGAUUGCCAGGAGGAGGAGGAGGAGGAAGAGGUUUCGGAAGACGAAGACGGGGAGGAAUACAACCCCGAGCGCCGCGAGGUCGACGAUGCCUCUUCUCCCUCUUCUGAGGAAGAGCAGCCCGAGGAAGAGCCGCCCGAGGACGAGCACGAGGACGAGCACGAGGACCGCGGCGAGGAAGAGAUCUCCUCGGUCCCGUACCAACGGGAGCCGCCGUUGCUGUCGAAAAACGGCAAAAUCGAGUGGUCCCCCGUGGCCUACGGCCGCCACUGCGGGCCCCUCGCGAUCUGCCACGCCGGGCCGGACCAGACUCCGGGCCCCACGGCCUAUGCCGCGACACAGGCCCGCGACAUCGCGUCCGGCUUCCACCUGUUUGUCACACCAGCGAUAGAAAGGAUAAUUGUGGAAAUGACGAACCUGCACGGGGCCAGAAAAUACGGCGAUGGCUGGCGACCCAUGGACGCCACGGACCUGCGCGCCUACGUAGGGCUGCUGAUCCUAGCGGGCGUCUACAGGUCCCGGGGCGAGGCCGCCACAAGCCUGUGGGACGCCGAGAGCGGCAGGACCGUGUUCCGAGCCACCAUGCCGCUCAAGGUCUUUCACAGGUACUCGAGGCUGCUGCGUUUCGACGACCGCCAGUCGAGACCCGCCAGACUCGCCACGGACAAACUCGCAGCCAUACGGGAGGUCUGGGACCUGUGGGAGGCGCGGCUGCCGGCCCUCUACAACCCGGGGCCCGACGUGACGGUGGACGAGCAACUGGUCCCGUUCAGAGGCCACUGUCCUUUCCGUCAGUACAUCCCCAGCAAGCCGGCCAAAUACGGCAUCAAGUCGUGGGUGGCCUGCGACGCCAAGUCCAGCUACGCUUGGAAGAUGCAAGUGUACACCGGCAAGGCGGCCGGCGGAGGCCCCGAGAAGAACCAGGGGAUGCGCGUCGUCCUCGAUCUGACAACGGGCCUGAGCGGUCGCAACGUCACCUGCGACAACUUCUUCACCUCCUAUGACCUGGGCCAGCGGCUCCUCGAGAGGAACCUCACCAUGGUGGGCACGGUGAGAAAGAACAAGGCCGAGCUCCCGCCCGCGCUGCUCGAGUCCAGGGGUAGACAGGUCCUGUCCUCCAGGUUCGCCUUCACGCCCACCGCCACUCUGGUGUCCUACCUGGCAAAGGAAAACAAGAACGUGCUACUUUUGAGCACGCUGCACACAGAGGGCCACAUUAGCGAUCGCCGCGACAGGAAGCCGGCCCUCAUCCUAGACUACAACUGCAACAAGGGCGGCGUGGACAACCUAGACAAGGUGGUCGGCACCUACAGCUGCAGACGGAUGACUGCCCGCUGGCCCCUGGUCGUCUUCCACAACAUCCUCGACGUGUCCUCCUACAACGCCUUUGUCAUAUGGCGAGAGAUCAAGCCUGACUGGAUGCCUGGCAAGCGGAACAAGCGCAGGGUGUUCCUCGAGCAGCUGGGAAAGGCACUCGUGAAGCCGCUGAUCCAAAGAAGGCAGUAUCUGCCCCGCACCGAAGCGGCGUCAGCGCUUGUCAAAGUCCUACAGAGUGCUACGGCGGCGGUGGCGGCGGCGCCUCGUGAUCAACAGCGCGAGGGCCCCGCCGCUGGCACGGCCACUGCCCCACUCGUUGCCCCGGCCACAGGGGCAAGUAAGAGGAAGAGGUGUCAGCUCUGCCCACCCAAGAAGGACUCCAAGACACACACGGUGUGCUGCAGGUGUAAGAAAUACAUCUGCAAAGGCUGUUCACACGCCUACUAUCACACUUGCGCACAUUGGGCCUUUAGCCAGGACGGGACAGGGUGA